AUGUUUGACGAAGAUGCCGUUUCAAGCUUUGUGUUCAGCAGCGAGGGCGCAGUGCAAACGUUUCGCCAUCAGUGGCAGGCUGAGCAGGGCGAGCUGCAUGAGUGCAGCACUUGCUACAGCUGCAUCGAUGCGGAUGAGCCGCCCAGCCAGCAUUGGCUGCAGCGCGCCGAGCAGCAGCGUCCUCAGCUGAGCAAACAGCAGCAGGCAGUGCUGGAUAUAAUCGAAGCGCGUCAAAUUGAAACUUUCUUCUUUUGCGAUGAGAGCGCCAAGGAUAAGCUGGAGCAGUUUAUGGGUGAGACGUGUGUGAAGGCGCUGCCCGAGCUGCUGCGCUGGAUGUUCCACAACGGCACGCUGCAGCUGCAGUUCAAUCUGGCCUGCUAUGUCAAUGUGCAGCAACAGGUGCUGAUCUUCCAGAGCGGCAUGCUGCUGGUGCAACAUCAUUUCGACAUUGAGGAGUGCGUUAGCGUUGUCUAUGAAAUGCUGAUGCAGCGCAUACAAAACUAUUUGCUCAGCAGUCACAAUCUGGAUUUGGAUGAAUGCAGCAUUACGCGUCUGCGGCUGCAAAUUAAACGCAACACUGAGGAGGAGUCGCCCGCACUGGCGCUGCCUUUGCCGCUGCGUCUGCGUGCGGAUACGCCCAGACUUAGCAGCGAGGCGCAGCUCUCCAGUCUGCAUGCCGCUUAUGUCAAGCAUCAGCGUGAGUGCCAUGGCUAUCUGCCCUCCAAUAUGCGCGCCAAUCUCUAUGCGCUGCAGCAGUGCCAGACCACCAAGGAGGUCUAUGUGGUGCCCUAUCACAUUAGCGAAACGCUGCAGCAGCAGCCGAACAAAAACUUUCUCAUACUCAACGAUGUGCUCGGUCGCUUCCAGCGGCUGCAUGAGCUGCCCGCGCCGCUGCCCUGCCGCCCACAGCGCUCGCGUUCGCUGCAGUGCCGCCGCUGCCGCGCGCAGUUUACGCGCCGCAGUCGCCUGCAUAUCCAUCAGCAGCUGCGUUGUGGCCAGGACUUUAGUGUGGACAGUUUGCAUCCGGAUAUUGUUGAAAUCUACGAGCAAUGUCUGCCCAUCUCACGCAGCGUCUUUCAGUUUGCCUGCUAUGGCAUCACCAAGCCCAAGACGGUCAUGCGCAAGGGUCAGUUCGUGCCCAUUGAGUGCGACUGGCGCAGCAAGAGCUCGGUGCAGGUCCAACAUGGUCCCUGUGUCGUCAUUAGCAAUACCCAGCAUGAUAGCCCAUGUAAAUACGCCUUAAGAAACUUAGUAAACUUAUAUUAA